AGAACCGUACUGAUACAUUUUUUAUUCGCACAGAAUAGGAAAGAAUGUCAAUCUAUAAAUUUUACCCGAAUAAAAACAAUGACAACAGGUGUCCGGAUAAAAUAUGUGAUCAGAGCCGAUACUAUAGUUUUGUGCUAAGGACAUGAGAGGCGAAAGAAACUCCGAGAGUGUAAGCGCAUACACACAUAUACUACGACAUCCUAUAAAAUCACUGAAUCGCCCGCCGGGAACACAAUGUCGUCGAGUCUAUUAGCAUUGAAGGUAUGCUUCAUAUAAUAAGAUGUGACCUGACACGGUUUCUUCUAUCGAAGCAGUCAACGCAGCGUAGUUUCGUCUCCUACUGCUGUCACUUUCCUCGCCUUCUAUGAUCUAUUGUGCAAUGAACAGAUUUAGAGAGAUUGUGCAACAUUGACAUGUUGUUAAGCAAACGUCUGGAGCGUGAAGCGAGGCGCACGGUGGCGAUCCCGCGACCGACCGCAACCGAACGCGACCUGUGCCAACGUGCCAAUGAACUAUCGCUGUCGGUGCUGGUGACUGGUGCCCGCCUUGUGUUAAGGAGAAGCGUUAAAGUUAUCAAAAUGAUAUACUUAAUGUUUAAUUUCAACGCGUACAUAAAUUAUUAAAUAAGUAUUUCUCAUUUCGGACUUACGAGUUAGUUCCGAUGUAAGCAUUAGUUAGCCAACAGGCGAUGUAGCUAAAGUGCAAAUGUAGCUAAAUGGGUCUUUGUAACAUAAUACGUUCAUAUGUUACAAAACUUGACCCACUUCAGAACAAACGUCAUGACAAGACGGUAUCUACGAGUCGUUAAACUCCUCCGCUAACUCUGGCUGUAAUAUCCGAAGUACUAAUACAAACAAGCAUCUGCAGUGCGAGACAAUGGCUUGACCUUAAUGUACGCGUGAUAUCACAAUUGUUAUCAGUUUGCGAUUAGAUACCGUCGCGAGCGCACCGCACGCCACCUCGCCGCCCGACUCGCGCCGCCGCGCGCCGGACACCUGCAGUCACAGUGUCAGUGGUCACGACGCUACUCCGACAGCGCAACCGUCAUCGCGCUGUAACAUGAGGAGCAAGGAUCGGCUGGAGGAGUUGAGGCAUCUGGCGAGCAAUGCGGGCGUGUACAACGAAACGGUCAUGGAGGUCCCGCCAGAGGAAUCGAACGUCGACGUCGACGACCUCUUCAAAGAGGUGGAGAGCAUCCGCGGGUGGAUCCACGAGAUGAACCACAACACCCAACUCAUUCGCCGCCUACACUCCGACCCAACUUACCACACGAACAAGCACUUGCAGGACCAACUGGACUCGGUGGUGUCGCAGUCGAAUGCAAUAGGACUGAAGGUGUGCGGAGCGCUGCGCCAGCUGGAGGCGCGUGCGCGUGCCGCGGCCUCGGCGCGAGGCGCGGCGGCGCGCAUCACGCGCCUGCAGUACGCCGCCACUCGCCGCCUGUACGCAGAGGCUCUCGACCGCCACCAACUCGCACUGCAGCUGCUGCGCGACUACCAGCAUCGUUUGCUGCAGGAUCAAAUUAAGCUCACGAAUCUCACAAUAUCCGAUGAAGAGUGUGAACAUCUUUUAGAAUCGAAUAAUAUAUCUCUAUUUGUGGACAACUUACGCGCGGAGACGGCAGAGGCGCGACUGGCUCUGCGCGAGGCGGAGGUGCGGCGAGACGAACUCGUUCGCGUCGAGGCCUCGUUGCAAUCUGUGCGGGACCUGUUCGUGCAGCUCGCGCACCUCGUCGCUGUGCAACAAGAACAAAUCGAUAGUGUAGAAUACUACGCGCUGCAAGCAACUGAGCACGUGGAGAGCGGUGGACAGCAACUACUUAAGGGUACAGUCAGUCGCAGGAAGGCGAAGAAGAAAAAAAUGGGACUUAUUAUUUGUCUCGCAUCUGGGUUCCUCAUAGUGCUGCUGGUGCUCGUGUGCACGUGACAGACAGCAGGGCGAGAUGAGCGUGGGACUAAAGUGCAUGAGUACCGCUGGGAGCUGGACGGGUGAACGAAGCACUUAAUUAAUUAUUUAUUUAUUGUACAACCUAGUCAUGUUACUAAUAAAUUACUGUAAGAAUG